ACAAACUAAUCACACAAAAUCAUUUUUUUUGGGUCAAUAAUCACACAAAAUCAUGAGAAGGAAAACACAAGUAGAAGUUGAAGACGACGAAGAAGAAGAAAACUGAUAGAGAGAGCCCAUAGGGGUGAGUCACACAAACCUUGAAGAGCUUUUUCUCCAAGUCAAACUCGCGAGGACUAUCGUGAUCGCUACUUAAGUCUCCGCUUGCUGUUGCGUCAGCGAAUGGUGUAUCCGAUCGCCGGCGAUCGGAGAUGCUCAUCGGCGGUGGAGAGUGAGAGAGGAGGAUGAAGAAAGGGAAGGGGAGGAACAACGGCGGAGGCUUGUUGCCGAGCUCGCUGAGGAUCAUCUCGUCGUGCCUUAAGACUGUUUCGACGAAUGCCAGCACCGUCGCUUCUACGGUUCGCUCCGCCGGAGCCUCCGUUGCUGCUUCUAUUUCUGCUUCCGAGGAUCACAAGGAUCAGGUGACCUGGGCUGGAUUUGACAGGCUAGAGCUUAAUCACACUGCCUUCAGACGCGUUCUGUUGCUUGGUUAUCUGAAUGGAUUUCAAGUUUUUGAUGUCGAGGAUGCCUCUAACUACAGUGAGCUGGUUUCAAAGCGUGACGGCCCGGUCACAUUCUUACAGAUGCAGCCCUAUCCGGCAGCAUCUGAUGAGGAGGAGGGAUUUAGAACUUCUCAUCCUUUGUUGUUGGUAGUUGCUGGAGAUGACACCAUUGGUUCUGGCACUGUUCAGAAUCAUAGCAACUUGGGAGGCUUAGGAAGAGAUGGUCAUGUCGAGUCUCGGCCAGGAAACCCUGUCAGCUCUCCAACAGCUGUUCGGUUUUACUCGCUGAGGUCCCACAGUUAUGUGCAUGUUCUGAGAUUUCGGUCUGCUGUCUGUAUGAUUAGAUGCAGUCCUCGGAUAGUGGCUGUUGGUCUUGCAAGUCAAAUAUACUGCUUUGACGCGCUCACCCUCGAAAAUAAAUUCAGUGUUCUUACCUAUCCUGUUCCUCAGCUAGCAGGACAAGGAUCCUCUGGGUUUAAUGUAGGUUACGGCCCAAUGGCUGUGGGUCCUAGGUGGCUAGCUUAUGCUUCCAAUAGCCCACUCAUGUCAAACACAAGUCGCUUAGGCCCCCAUAAUCUUUCUCCUUCUCCAGGAGUUAGUCCAUCUACAUCACCUGGGAAUGGUGGUUACAUGGCUCGAUAUGCAAUGGAAUCUAGUAAACAGUUGGCUGCUGGAAUUAUCAACUUGGGUGACGUGGGAUGCAAAACCUUGUACAAAUACUGUCAAGAGCUCCUCCCAGAUGGGUCUAGUUCUCCAGUAUCAUCAAAUUCAGGCUGGAAAGUUAGCAGGCUUGCCGGAACAGAAAUGGAUAAUGCUGGGAUGGUUGUUGUCAAAGACUUUGUCACCCAAGCUGUUAUAUCGCAGUUUAAAGCUCAUACUAGUCCAAUAUCUGCACUGUGUUUCGACCCAAGUGGGACCCUUCUUGUCACUGCCUCAAUAUAUGGAAAUAACAUAAAUAUUUUCCGGAUAAUGCCUACAUGCAAACGCAAUGGAUCAGGCAUUCAGAACAUGAAUUGGAGCUCGUCUCAUGUUCAUCUAUACAAACUGCAUCGUGGGAUAACAUCAGCUUUGAUCCAGGACAUUUGCUUCAGUCAUUAUUCUCAAUGGGUUGCAAUUGUUUCUUCCAAGGGGACCUGCCAUGUUUUUGUUUUAUCCCCUUUUGGUGGUGAUACCGGAUUUCAAAUUCAACAUUCUCAGGGCGAAGAACCCACACUUUGUCCAGUUUUAUCUCUUCCUUGGUGGUCUACUUCUUCUUGCAUCACGAGUCAACAAUCUUCUCAUCCACCAACGCCUGUUGCUCUUUCAGUUGUGAGCAGAAUAAAGUACAGUAGUUUUGGAUGGCUUAGCACAGUCAACAAUGUUUCUGGUUCUGCAACAGGAAAGGUAUUUGUACCAUCUGGUGCUGUUGCUGCUGUUUUUCAUAAUUCCCUUUCUCAAAGUGUUCAGCACGGUAACUCAAGGGCUGGUACCUUGGAGCAUCUAUUAGUUUAUACUCCAUCAGGUCAUGUUGUUCAACAUGAACUUCAGCCAAGAGUCGGAGCAGAAGAAAGUCAUAGUGGUCUUAAUACCCAGACAACUACAAACAUGCACAUGCAGGAGGAAGACCUGAGAGUCAAAGUUGAACCUAUACAAUGGUGGGAUGUAUGCAGGCGUUCAGAGUGGCCAGAAAGAGAGGACUGUGUUUUAGGAAUUAACUCUGAUGGUCAAGAUGCGGCUGAAACAAUUCGGAGUAAAUCAGGUUCUGAUGGUACUUAUGCAAUGGAGUUUCUUGGCUUAAAUGGGGGAGUGGAGGGGAAAAGGACCCUGGAAACUCAUUGGUCCAGGAACAUUUCUAAUGCAGAGGUGCAAAUAAGUUCUUUCAGAUUACCAAUAUGGCAAAAGUCUAAGAUUUGCUUUUAUACAAUGGAGUAUCAAAGAGUUAAUAGUUUUUCGGGUGGAGAGUUUGAAGUUGAAAAAGUCCCUGUUCAUGAAAUUGAAAUGAGACAGAAGGAAUUGUUACCUGUUUUUCACCAAUUCCAUAGCAUCAAAUCAAGCUGGAAUGAUAGAAUCGUAGACGGGAAAUAUUCAAAUCAAUCUUCGUCAGAAUCUCAUCAAGCUGAAGGCAAGAUCUUGGAACAGACUGUUAUUUGUCACUCAAACCCUGCAUCACUUAGCUCCACAGAAAGCUCAGAAGGGGGUUCGUCAAGAAGAAUUGAGCAUUCACUAGAUUUCGAUCAGAUGAACAAUGAUCUUCCCCGCUCUCCCAUUUUUCAGACUUUAAAUUGCCCGGAAAGAAGAGCGAAUGCUAUUCUUGAGUCUUCAUUUCAAAACCAUUCAUCUCUUGUUGGUUCUCAAGUCGGGAGUUGUGCUGUUUUAGAAAGUAAGCUUCUCCCGGUCGGAAGUUUGUGUAAUGAAGAAGGCCUAUUGGUGAAUACAAUUGGGAUGAGUGAGGGCUCGGAUUUAUACAUGGAUCAACAUGCUUCAAGUACUGUUGUGAUGACAGAGGAAGAGUCGAAUCUGCAGCGCCCAAUAGAUCUCUCGCAGUUUUUUCAGGAGGAGCAUUGUAAGGCAUUGGAGCAGAAUGGAUGCCUCUCUGAAGUCAUAACCGAUGAUAGCGAUGGUAGUCAAUGCGAUAAGGUGAAACCUGAUGAUGAGGAAAAUAGCGAAAUGCUUGGAGGCAUGUUUGCCUUUUCUGAUGAAGGUUGAAAUCUGAAACUCUUCAUGCCAAUUACAUCAAUAAUUUCUUCACAGUA